AUGUACUUCCCCGAGCAGCGCCACCUCCAGGACGACGUCCACAAGGAGUCGCUCCAAAACCCCGAGGAGUUCUGGAUGCACCAGGCUGAGCAGCUGCACUGGCACAAGAAGCCCGAGCGCGCCAUCAAGAUGGGCAAGCGCAAGCUGAAGAGCGGCAAGAGCCACACCAGCUGGGAGUGGUUCCCUGGAGGCGAGAUCAGCACCUGCUUCAACGCUGUUGACCGUCACGUCAACGCUGGCCGCGGCACCUGGCCCGCCAUCCACUACGACUCGCCCGUCACCAAGACCAAGCGCACCAUCACCUACGCCAACCUCCUCGAGGACGUCGAGGUGACCGCUGGCUUCCUGCGUGAGGAGGGUGUCAAGAAGGGUGACGUUGUUCUCGUUUACAUGCCCCAGAUCCCUGCCGCCAUCACCGCCAUCCUCGCCGCCAACCGUCUCGGUGCCGCGCACUGCGUGGUCUUCGGCGGCUUCUCCGGCUCGGCUCUCGGCCAGCGCAUCGACGCCGUCCAGCCCGACGUCAUCCUCACCGCUUCGUGCGGUAUCGACGGCACCAAGGCGCCCAUCCCCUACGGCCCCCUCGUCCACGAGGGCAUCAAGGCGGCCAAGUACAAGCCCAAGCGUGUCAUCGUCUACCAGCGUGAGCAGGUCCCAUGGGUCAUCGACGAGGUCCGCGGCGAGCGCAGCUGGCAGAACCUCUGGCUCAGCGCCAAGGCCCGUGGCGUCCGCGCCGAGGCCGUCCCCGUCGCCUCCACCGACCCCUGCUACAUCUCGCACACCUCGGGCACAACCGGCACGCCCAAGGGUGUCGUGCGUGACUCGGGUGGCCACGCCGUCGGCCUCCACCUCUCGGUCGCCAUGGUGUUCGGUGUCCCCGGUCCCGGCGGCUGCAUCUUCGCCGCAUCCGACAUCGGAUGGGUCCUCGGCCACGCCUUCAUCAUGAUGGCGCCCCUCCUCGCCGGUGCCGCCACUGUCCUGUACGAGGGCAAGCCCAUCGGCACACCCGAUGCCUCGGCCUUCUGGCGCAUCAUCGAGGAGUACGACGUCACUAUGCUGUACUGUGCCCCCACCGCGCUCCGCGCCAUCAAGCGCGAUGAUCCCGACGCCCGCUACAUGUCAAAGUACGGCGAGAAGGGCGGCCUGCGUUCCCUCAAGGGUCUCUUCCUCGCCGGCGAGCGCUCCGAGCCGUCGCUCAUCGUGGAGUACCAGGAGUUCCUCAACCAGUGGGCUGCCCCCGGCGCCCAGGUCAUCGACAACUGGUGGUCGACCGAGGUCGGCUCGCCCAUCACCUCGCGUACGCUCAUGCCCCACGCCGGCUUUGACCGUACUACCAAGAUCGACAACCACCCGCCUGCCCUCCUCAAGCCCGGAUCUGCUGGCAAGGCCAUGCCCGGCUACAACAUCCAGAUUGUCGACGACGACGGCAAGCCCGUCCCCGCCGGCGAGAUGGGCAACAUCGUUCUCGGCCUGCCUCUCCCUCCCACUGCCUUCCGCACUCUGUGGCAGGACGACGAGCGCUUCUACAAGGGGUACCUGGAGCGCUUCGGCGGCGAGCUCAUGGACACGGGUGACGCCGGCUACAUCGACAAGGACGGUUACGUGCACGUCAUGGCGCGCAACGACGACGUGCUCAACGUCUCCGCACACCGCCUCUCGUCCGCCGCGAUCGAGCAGGCGCUCGCAUCGCACCCUCUCGUCGCCGAGGGCUGUGUCGUUGCCAUCCCGGAUGCGCUCAAGGGCGAGCUCCCCUUCGCCUUCGUCACCCUCGCCGUGCCCGACCACCCGACCUCGGCCAUCCCCGACGCCAAUCUCCAGAAGGAGUUGCAGAGCCUCGUGCGCUCGGGCGUCGGCGCCAUCGCCUCCCUCGGCGGCGUCAUCCAGGGCUCGGGGAUGAUCCCCAAGACGCGCUCCGGCAAGACGCUGCGCCGCGUGCUGCGCGAGCUCCUUGCCAACGCGGCCGAGGGCGACUUUGACGCGCCCGUCACUGUCCCCUCUACCGUGGAGGACAUCAACGCCGUUGAAGUCGCGCGCGAGAAGAUCCGCGAGUACUUCAAGGUCAAGGGCGCCGCACACAAGGCCGUGCACACGCGCACGCCGCGCGCGCGCCUGUAA